AUUAUCUUACAACAGUUACCCCAUUAUGAGGAAUUGCUACUACUUUGUCACCUACUCAAGGCUAGCAAUUUUGUUAUGGACUUCAUUGAUUGUAGUCCUAUGCAACUGCAGCUCUAGCUUCGGAUGUCCUUCAGAGGAGUACGAAGCUCUAUUAGAGCUUAGAUCUUCUCUCCUUCACAACGACUAUACUUCACCACCCACAUGGGGAAGAGGGAGAGACUGCUGCCUUUGGAAGAGAGUAAUCUGCAGCAAUAGCACAAAACAAGUUUCAAAGCUCAUGCUUUCAUGGCUCGUGGAAUAUGAUCAAUUUAAGCAAUGGCGAUUGGAUUUCAAUAUUUUUUCUUCCUUUCACGAGCUCCGACAACUUAACUUAUCUGGCAAUCAAAUAGUAGGAUCGUUAUCACAGAUGGAUAUAUCAGGAUUGAGAAAGUUGGAAAUUCUUGAUCUAAGCAUUAACAUGCUCACCGAAACUAUUCCGUUAUCUCUCAAAAAUUUAUCUUCACUUAAUGUCCUGAAUCUAAGAGCCAACCAGCUGAAUGGCACACUUAACGGGGAAGAAAUUUACAAUGGGGUUCGAUCACAGAUGAAUGCUUAUUGGGUGGCCUUCCAAACAUUCUCAUGA